CGGCCCUUCAUUUCCGGUGGGGGUGCCGCGCCCAGUGAGGGCCCGGAAGUGGGUCGCGCGAAGGUUGCUGGGCGGUUCUUGCCGGAAGUGGAGAGAGGCUGAUCGCAGUCCGGAGGUGAGACAGAAGUCUGAGCAGGUGGUACAUUAUGGCUGACAUGCGAAAUCUGGUAGAAAGAUUGGAGAGAGUGGUGGGCCGCCUGGAGGCAGUCUCCCAUGCCUCUGACACACAUUGUGGGUAUGGAGACAGUGCUGCAAAAGCAGGAACAACUCCAUAUGUGCAAGCGUUUGACUCACUGCUGGCCGGUCCUGUGGCAGAGUACCUCAAGAUCAGUAAAGAGAUUGGGGGAGAUGUGCAGAAACAUGCGGAGAUGGUCCACACAGGUCUGAAGUUAGAGCGAGCUCUCUUGGUUACAGCCUCUCAGUGCCAGCAGCCAGCAGGCAACAAGCUUUCUGACUUGUUGGCACCCAUCUCCGAGCAGAUCCAAGAAGUGGUGACCUUCCGGGAGAAGAACCGAGGCAGCAAGUUGUUCAAUCACCUGUCAGCUGUCAGCGAAAGUAUCCAGGCCCUGGGUUGGGUGGCUGUGGCCCCCAAGCCUGGUCCCUAUGUGAAGGAAAUGAAUGAUGCUGCCAUGUUUUAUACAAAUCGAGUCCUCAAGGAGUACAAAGAUGUGGAUAAAAAGCACGUGGACUGGGUCAAAGCUUACUUGAGUAUAUGGACAGAGUUGCAGGCUUACAUUAAGGAGUUCCAUACCACCGGACUAGCCUGGAGCAGAACGGGGCCUGUGGCAAAAGAACUGAGUGGCUUGCCAUCUGGACCCUCUGCUGGAUCUGGUCCUCCUCCUCCCCCGCCAGGCCCACCUCCACCCCCAGUCCCCACCAGUUCAGGUUCAGAUGACUCUGCUUCACGCUCAGCACUGUUUGCGCAGAUUAAUCAGGGGGAGAGCAUCACACAUGCCCUGAAACACGUAUCCGAUGACAUGAAGACUCACAAGAACCCUGCCUUGAAGGCUCAGAGUGGUCUGAUACGAAGUGGCCCCAAACCCUUCUCUGCAUCUAAACCAGAUCCCCCCAAACCAGUCACAAAGAAGGAGCCAGCUCUACUUGAACUGGAGGGCAAGAAGUGGAGAGUGGAAAAUCAGGAGAAUGUUUCCAACCUGGUGAUAGAGGAUACAGAGCUGAAACAGGUGGCUUACAUAUUCAAGUGUGUGAACUCGACAUUGCAAAUCAAGGGCAAAAUUAACUCCAUUACAGUAGAUAACUGUAAGAAACUUGGUCUGGUGUUUGAUGACGUGGUAGGCAUUGUGGAGAUAAUCAAUAGUAAGGAUGUCAAAGUUCAGGUAAUGGGUAAAGUGCCAACCAUUUCCAUCAACAAAACAGAUGGCUGCCACGUUUACCUGAGCAAGAACUCCCUGGACUGUGAGAUAGUCAGUGCCAAAUCUUCUGAGAUGAAUGUCCUCAUUCCUACAGAAGGCGGUGACUUCAAUGAGUUCCCAGUCCCUGAGCAGUUCAAGACCCUAUGGAAUGGGCAGAAGUUGGUCACCACAGUGACAGAAAUUGCUGGAUAAGCGAAGUGCCACUGGGUUCCUUGCCUCUCCCUCACACCAUGGGAUAAAUCUGUAUCAAGAUGGUUCUUUUUUAGAUUUCCUCUACCUUUCUGCUCUUAAACUGCUUCUCUGCUUUGAGAAGCACAGCUACCUGCCUUCACUGAAAUAUACCUCAGGCUGAGAUUUGGGGUGGAAUAGCAGGUCAGUUGAUCUUCCGCAGGAAGGUGCAGCUCUUUCAUAUCAGCUCAACCACACCGCCAGUCCAUUCUUAAGCAACUGCAGACCAGGACAGGUGUGUUUUAGCUUUCAGCCUUUGGGGUUAUUUGACCAACAAAUAGUCUUUUGGGAAGACUAUAGCAGUCCCAGGAAUUAACAGGUCAGAAUGUUCACACAAGUUAACCUUUUUCUAACAAUGAGUGUGAAGGUAACAGCAGCUGAUCCUAGUUAGUUCUUCUAACUUAAACUAAUUUUCACUAUUGACAAGUGAGGCAAGGGUUGCACGGGACCAAAGGCUGAAGCUUGGCCAUCUAGCAUUCCUAGCAAAAUGAUUUCCUACAAGCAUUCCUUUUCUUCUGCAUUCCAUCCCGCACCUGCCCAAACCUGACCGUAGGUUGUCCUGUGUUAGCUGCUGUGGUGGUGCCCUGCACCCAGGCCAGCUAAAGGAGUCUUGGACCCUCUCUCUCGGGCCCCUGCCCAGCACCUUCCUACAGAGAUGACUUAAAAAGAGAGAAAAUAAAGGAAGACCGCACCAUUCCCAGAAAUGUGGCUUCCCUUUCCCCUUCCAUUCUAGGUGCCCGUCAUCCACCUUCACUGCUUCGUGGCAGUCAUGCUCACAACUUUGGGCUUCUGUCUGGGCACCUGAACAAAGGACUAAAAUCUCCACUGCAGGCUGUUUUUAGGUCUUGUGUAAAAAUCUUGCACAGCCUUGCUAAUGCAACUUUCAGUUUUUCCUCUAGGACAAACACUUUACCAAAAUAUGCAACUUUUUUUGGUGGGAAGAGAGAUUGUCCUGUGAUUUCUACCCAUUUCCUGAGGCCUGUGGAAAUAAACCUUUAUGUACUUAAAGUUAUACAGAAAAUAGAAUAAAAUUAAUACCAAACUCA